AUGUCGGAGUUCGUCCACAAGCUGAAAAGCAAUCCCCGAAACAACGUCAUCGACGACAGUUUCUGGCAAAUCAAGUACCAGGACGACCACCGAGGCCUGGAACUCAUCCCCCUACUAACUACAACCAUUCCUGCAAACAAGUCUGGAGUGGUGGUGAAACUUAUCAAAGACCACGUCGACGAAGAUGCCCAUGAUCUUGGACAUCUGCGUAGAAUCGCCAAAGAGGCUGAUUUGAUCAAGGAAGGACAAGUUGAAGGAGAGACGGCAGACUCAACCGAAAAGAAACCCGCCAGCGAGGUAUUUCUGAGAGUGAUCAUCGCGUCUAAGGACACAGAGGUUGAUUUCGAGACUAUCAAGGCCGGAAUCACCGCCAUUCUCAGCUACGAGCCGCCCUUUCAUACUGACUAUGCAUCGAAGUACCUGCCCUUCACCAAACAGGAGUCUGUGGAGUGGUCGAGAAACGCCUGGCCAAUCAUGUGGAGAGGUAAUACAGCAGCUAUACAAACCAAGUUGUCGGAUUCUGAGCUCUCCGAGAUGAAACAGAAACUCAACGAGGUCAUUGCUCUGAGUAAAGCCAACUCUGGAACGAAAGAACUGCCUGUAGCCACUCUGAUAGUGGACCCCAAGACGGGAGAAGUGCUUAGCCGAAAGCUCGAUACUCGACACAAACAGGGUAACCCUCUGAACCACUGCACGAUGGAAGCCAUUGCCGAAAUCGCGUCCCAGGAGCUUGCUAGACGCCAGGAAAGAGGCACUAGCAAGCAGGAGAGAGAAAGAGAAGGAAAACAAGAAACAAUUGACGGAGAAGAAGAUGACAGACUUUAUCUGUGUCUGGAAAUGCAUGUGUACACCACCCAUGAGCCAUGUCCCAUGUGCGCCAUGGCUCUGAACCAUUCCAGAGUUGGACGACUGGUGUACGUUGAGUCUAGCCCUGGGUCUGGAGGAAUCGAACCCAACUCAGGAGGUAGCCACGGUAUCCACUGGAACCCGCAGCUGAACUGGAAGUAUGAGGUGUGGAAGUGGGUUGGAGACGAUUUGGGGGUUGAAAAGGUGGAUGAGAGUGUUAACGCGUAA